CUUAACCCCCUCCCUCUCGUUCCCCACCGCUGAAAUCUUAUCCUCUCGACCUCUCGCCCCAUUUCUUCCUCUUCUUCCCCCUCCCUCUCACUUUCCUCAUCUCCAUUCGCCAGGCAACUGUGUCGACGGGAGACGUUGGAGACGAUGCACGGCAGGGUGUCUUGCUGCGAGAAGCUUCUGUCGUCCGGGCGCGCUUCGAUGCUGCCGGAGGAGGCGCUGUCGUCCUCGCCUGCGCGCGCAAGCUGCGGGUUUUUUGCAAGGCAGGGGCUCGCUGCUGCUAGCCCGCACGAGCUGGCUCCAAGGGCCGGGCGCUACAACUUGAGGAGCUCCAAGCCGACUACCUGUUGUGGCUCUCCGGAGUUACUCAUGCGACGCGGGGCCGCCCGUCCUCCUGCUGAUUGGAUUGUGCUUCUUCGUUCUGUUCCCUUCUUCCUCUGGUUGUUGAUGCCUCAAGCAGCCGCUGCCAAUUGUGUGCUUGUAGUUGUUUCUUCAGUUCCCUUCCUCUGCUUGUAGAUGCCUCAAGCAGCUGGUGUAUAUAAAUUGAUCCUAUUGAUUGCAAGGGAGCGAGGGAAGGAAAUCGCCAUGGAACAACCCCGCCGCCUUGGAGCUCGCCCCGCCUCCGGCCCACUGCCUCUCCGUCGGCCUCGUGCUCCUCCGCCUCGAUCCAUCCGCCCCGCCGCUGGAUCCACGCGGAGCAGGCCUAUCCGCCGCCCAGACCACCAACCAAGAGUCGCCUCUUGCUUGUCCUGCGGUCGGGAGGAGGACGACCGAGAGGAGCACACAUUCAUCCGCCGCCUUGGAGCUCGCCCUGCCUUCGGGCUGCCACCUCCCCGUUGGCCUCGAUCCGUCCGCCCCACCGCCCAGACCACCAACCAAGCGCCGCCUCUUCCCUGUCCUGUGGUCGCAGGUCGAAUAAUAAAAACUGCAGGGUCCUUUAUGUAAAAAUGAAUCAUUUUUUUGGAUUAGCCACUUAAAAAUAGGACCGCGGGUCGAAUUAUCAGAAACAGAUGGGCUUUUUUGCAAAUCGCCAGCGACGACGUACGACCAGAAACCCACGGUGCUUUAUUAUUAGGUAGAGAUAUACUUUGCCGGACGGCUAGACCGAUAGAUAGUAUCCUUGCUCCAGAAUCCAGACAAUCAAUCGAGGCAGUGCACCUGAACCAUUAGCUAGCACCGUCGGCAAAUUAAGCUCGUCGACAAAUGGGGGUCAAGCUCACGCUCCCGCCGGCGGCACUGAUCUCCCAGGUGGCCAAGCUGGGCUCCCUCCUCGCUCUCCUCCUCCUCGCGCUGCUGCUGCCCGUCUUCCUCAGGGUCGCCUACGGCUACCUCCUCUUCAACGGCAUCGUCGUCGCGCUCGGCAUCCAGGCCUUCGUCGGCAGCGGCGGCGCUUCUACCGCCGACGACGAAGACCGGCACGGGUCUUCGAGUACCGGUCAGGCCGUCGCGCCUGUCAGCGUCGCGGCUUCACCGUUUCAGAGACCCGACGACCGGACGGCGGUUGCGCAUGAUGAUCGUGUCGUGCUGCCUGCCUUUGUAGCGAGCAAUAUAAUCGAGCUCAAGACCAAGACCAAGGAGGUGGUUCUGAAGGUGCUGAAGAAGUGCCCGUCGACGGCGAGCAUCUUCUUCCUCAGCGCGCUGAACGGCGGCCAGCAAGCCGGCGGAGAGGAAAAGGCACGGCAAGAGGAGGAGGAAGAUUGUGAAGUUGACAUGGACGGGGACGUGAAGAUGAGUCGGGAGGAGCUGUUUGCCAACACGGAGAGGUUCAUCGGCAACUUCCGCAAGGAGCUCAGCAUGCAGAGACAGUAGCACUACUCCAAGCUAGCUAGCAUAGAUAUUGUUUCUUAGCUUUCCUUAUUAUUUUUCUUUAGUUCUUGCGCCAUGAUAUAUAGGAGUAUGUUUAGUGGGACACGUCCUUACUCCACGCGUCUGUAACCCUGCUCAUAGGCUUAGGAUUUUCGGUGUGUUCAGUUUUUCAAA